AUCAAAAGAAGCCCAAUUUGGGCCUGGAACCUAAAACCCUUGAUCUCAAAACCCCAUUUUCGCAUUGCAGGGAUUGACGGAGAAACAAAAUCAUGGCGCAGUGGUGUCGCUCCUCUGCCGGCCACCUUCGCACGGCGGCGGCGAGCCGGUUAUCCUCACCAGCAUUCCAGCGCGGUCACUCUUACCAUACGAUCCAAGCCAUCCCGAGAGAGCACUCUGGUAGCGGCGUCGCAGCCAGGGACAGAAUGCAAGGUCGAAUUCCGGCCGUCGUGUUCUUACAGGACCUUCUCAGCAAAGACGCCGGCAACCGAUCGGCGGCGAAGAAGCACUUGCUCACCGUCGAGAAGAAGCAGAUUAAGGCCAUAUUGAACUCCGUUCAAACUUCUUUCUUCUGCUCCACCCGUUUUCCGCUCCAGAUUCGUGCUGGAUCCGGAUCCUCUCAUUUGGUUGAAUCUGGAACUGUGCUACCUGUUAAGAUUCAUAUGGACCAAGAGAGUGGGCAGAUUUUGAAUUUGGUGUUUGUUUGGGCUGAAGAGGGGAUGAACUUGAAGGUGGAUGUGCCUGUUGUUUUCAAAGGAGAAGAUGUUUGUCCAGGUCUUCAGAAAGGGGGAUUUUUGAAUAAGAUCAGAACUAGUCUAAAAUUUCUUUGUCCAUCUGAGCACAUUCCUUCAAAAAUUGAGGUGGAUGUGAGCAACCUAGAUAUUGAAGAUAGGAUAUUCAUGCGUGAUAUUGAGGUUCAUCCAUCCUUGAAGCUUCUGAGCAAGAAUGAAAACAUGCCCAUCUGUAAAGUGGUUCCAACAAGUUUGGGAAAUCAAGCACCUGUUGAUGAGUGAUCACCGAAGCAACAUGGGAGAUUCCACAAAGGCAUUCAAUGGGAGAAAUGCAGAGAUGCAAUUUUCAAAUAAACAGGGUUAAUACCCUAAUUUGAUAUGGUGGCAGUGACCAGUGCAAGCACCUAUAAUGUUAGUACUGUUAUGUGUUGGACUUGAUUAGCGUUUCAAUAUAGGUUGCUGUUGAUUUUGAAUGCAUUAAUGAUUUAUUCAAUCUUUGAUGGCCUGUACGAGUUAGAUAUUUUAGUUUAUGAACAUGGACUAGGCAUGCAGUAGCAUCUGGAUACAAGUAACACAUUGGCAUUGGAGACACAAUUUGUAAGCUGCAGGUCUCUCAAUAUGGCUUUUUCUGAAGAACUAACUUAGAUCGACUGAAUUUCCCUUUAGAA